GUUGUUGGGGAUGGGAUCAUCGUCGUCUGCCUCAUAGGGAGUGCAGAUCAGGAAGCAGGCUUGUUAAUGGCGGACACUACUAGUGGGUCGGCGGCAUCCUUAGCAGGCGGCGGCGGAGGGAAGAGACGGUGCUCGGUGUCGGAGAGGGUGCAGCUGCACAUGGCGACACUGGCCCUACAGUUCGGCUACGUUGGCUUCCACAUCGUCUCCCGAGCCGCCCUCAACAUGGGCAUGAACAAACUCAUCUUCCUCGUGUACCGCAACAUCAUCGCCUUCCUUCUCCUCCUCCCCUUCGCUUAUUUCCUCGAAAAGAAGGAGAGGCCCGCCAUCACUCUUUCUUUUCUUCUUCGGAUCUUUCUCCUCGCCCUUGUUGGAAUAACGACAAACCAAGGGUUCUACUUGCUGGCCCUGGACAACACUUCUCCAACUUUCGCAUCCGCCAUACAGAACUCUGCCCCAGCAAUCACCUUCCUCAUGGCAGCCAUCCUCCGAAUAGAGCAGGUGCGGUUGAACAGGAAAAACAGGGUGGCGAAAGUGGCGGGGACGGUGCUGUGCGUGGCGGGGGCGACGGUGAUUACGCUAUACAAGGGGCCGACGAUAGAGAGUCCGGCGCCGCCGCUGCACCAAACGACGCCGCUUUUCCUGGCACUGGGAGAUGCGAAGAGUAAGAACUGGACACUGGGGUGCAUAUACCUGAUUGGGCAUUGCCUAUCGUGGUCGGGUUGGCUGGUGCUGCAGGCACCGGUGCUCAAGAAGUACCCUAUGUCUUAUCCUUCUAAUUCAUGCAAAUCUCGCUGGCUAUUCUAUCCAGCGAGAUUUAUUUAAAUCUCGGAGCAGUAGGAAGAUUAUGUCAGAAAUUAUUUUUCUUAUUUAAUAUAUUUAAAAAAAAAAAAAGAUAAAACGUAAAAAAAAAAAAAAAAAAACUCCACAGCUAGCAGACCAAUUCACCCUACCUAGAUUUCCUGAUUUGCCCUAAGCGGUUGGAGGGGCUAGCUAGCUAGGCUCAUUUUAAGCAAGGUUGAUUUUCAGCAUAUAUAUAAUCUUGAGGCGUUUGCACAU